ACCACAAGCCCAAUCUAAUGAACGCAUGUUGUAGACCAUUUGAUCAAGUUGCGAAGUAAGUCGGAUUAUCCAAUGAGGAUUAUCAAAAUAGGUCGGCGAGAUCAGUUGCGCUGUGAACAGUGUUUGAUUGGACAAACAAUCACACCCCCAGUGUGGUAGCUUCCACAGUAAGGUGUAGCGUACUAUGCUCUCUGUAUGGUACUGAAUUCCAUUGGAGAUUAUUGGAAUACUUUUGCUUUUAAAUGUACUUUGCAAGAACGACAUACAUAAAUGUGUUUUUAAUUUACCAAAAAGUGAGAAGGUCUUCAAAUUUGGAUAUAAUAUUUACAGUGUACUAUUAUGGAAUUAUAUUGAAAAGUGAUUAAGGAAGUGAUAUUGUUUUUCAUCCGUUUUACAACUAAUAAUAUACCGAUACAUUUUAUGUAGAUUUAUAAAAGAUACUAUAAGGAUAAAAUGGAUUAUUAGACGCGUUCGUCUUGAAAAUCCAUUUAAUUAAGACAAUUACGAAGUUGUUUUUAGAUGACAUUAUAACAAGAGUACACAACCAUCUUUAUGGAACGUUGGGAGUUUAAUAUGUAAUAUCGUAAUUACAUAUCCUGGGCUACUGUAACGCGUUCUUCAAAACAUGAAUUUGUUCAAAAAUGUGAAAAUUACAUCUUUACGAUAAGGCGAUUAACAUUUCUGUCUGAUAAUACGUAAGUGUUUUGUAAGUACCAUUAUUGAUGUGUUUUUGGUGUCAGUGCAUUCACAUAUUCUUUUGAUGGUUUUGCGAAAAUAAGUGGAUUUAUUCACAUCUUCAGUAUGGAACCAAAGUAUUAUGCAUGUGUGUGGAUUUUACUCCAUGGAUUUAUAUGGCAGCUGACCGCCUUGGACCUUUCCUCUGAUGCCGGCCUGCACAACUUCAAAAAACGAACUCAAUGUCGUGACUCCCUGGGCAUGCAGUCCGGCGCAAUUCCUGACUCAGCCAUCACAGCCAGCUCUUCUUUUGAUGAUGACACAGUCGGACCGAAGUUUGCAAGGAUACGUACAGAGACAAUGGGAGGAGCCUGGUGUCCCAAACCGAUGAUCAGCCAGAACUCGUAUGAGUACCUGCAGAUUGACCUCGGCAAACUCUCCGUGGUAACCAUGGUGGAGAUCCAGGGACGCUUCGGGAACGGUCAGGGUCAGGAGUACACAGAGCAGUUCCUGUUGGAGUAUCAAAGGGAGGACAUGGGCGAGUGGAUGAGAUUCAGGAACAAGCAGGGGACAGAGUUGUUCAAGGGCAAUGAGAACACGUACCUGACAGAGAUGAGGGAGGUAACUCCGCCAAUCAUAGGCCGCCGUGUCAGGUUCAUCCCGUAUAGCAAGACUCUCCGCACCGUGUGCAUGCGGGUUGAGAUAUAUGGCUGCAAGUGGGAAGAUGGUGUGGUGUCAUACAGCGUGCGUCAGGGAGACCGGCGUGGCUCUGAGCUGGACUUUGUGGACUUCACGUAUGACGGCAUGAUCCAGGAGAACUUCCUGUUGGAAGGGCUGGGUCAGCUGACAGACGGGGAGAUAGGGGACAACAACUUCAGGCUGGACAACGAGGAACUGCGCAUCAAGGGAUACGAGUGGGUGGGCUGGCGUAAUGACACACAGGACUUCCAGGGCCCUCUGAUCAUCACGUUCAAAUUUGACCAAGUCCGCAACUUCAGCAAAGUCUUCAUCAACUGCAACAACCUUUUCUCCAAGGACGUUCGUGUUUUCAAGGUGGCGCUGGUUUACUUCAGCGUUGGUGGGAAUCUCUACCAGAACUCGCCGGUCAAGUACGACUUUAUUCGGGACGAUGUGGUGGAGUAUUCCAGACCGGUGAUGAUCAAACUCAACAACAACGUGGGUCAGUACGUCCGUCUGCAAGUGUACUUCGAUGCCAAGUGGAUCAUGAUCAGUGAGGUGCAGUUCAUAUCAGAGCCUGCAUCUGGCAACUUCACAGAGGAGGUUCCCCCCGCAACCUUGAAACCCCUGCUGGUGCCUCCCAAACCAGAGGACAAGUACUACGAACAUGGGCUGAACAUUGGCAAGGGUACGCAUGCAGGGAACAUAGAGCCAGAGAAAGCUCCCAAACAGCAGACGCCAGGAAGUGACAUCAUCGGUAUCAUCAUCGGUUCCCUGGCGGGGCUCAUUGCCAUCCUCAUCGCCAUAGUGAUCUUCAUCGUGUGCAGACACCGGCGGAAUAAGAACAACAACAACCGGCACAUGAAGACAGCCCUUGCGGAUACACAUAACCAGAUCACCCUAAAUAUGUCUGACCUGCGGGGGACACACACCAACGGCAAGGUGCUCAAUGGAAUCAUGUACAACGGGGUCCCUUUCACAGAGCUCGAGUCUGACAAGGAAUGCUGCAGCGAGCGUCCAAAGCACAAUGGUCAUCGCGAAACAAAGGACUCGGUUAUCGUAAAUAGGGGUAGCAUGGCCGCCAAUUUGACUGACCUCCCGGAAUUACCUUCACCAGCAGAAAGCCAGGAUUACGCUGUCCCAGAUGUCACCAAGUCAGCCCUGAUGACCUUUCCACAGGCGCGCAAGCAGAACAACCUCGACAAGCCACCCCCACAGUAUGAUGCACUCUACGCUGCAGCUGACAUAAUCAGUACACAGGUCCCCAAUAUACCUUCCCUUCAGGGUGUGAGUGGCAACAAUGUGUACGCUGUUCCCAAUGCAGAGCUGCUUCUCAGCAUUGAUGUUUCUGUAAACGAAUUUCCACGCGAGAACCUACGCUUCAUCGAGGUGUUGGGACAGGGUCAGUUUGGAGAGGUUCACCUGUGUGAUGCAGUGAACAUGAGUCACUUUGUUGAGGAAGACUUCAUAAUGAACCGCACACUGUCCAGAAUGUGCCUGGUGGCCGUGAAAAUACUCAGAACCAACGCAGAAGACAGAGCCAGAAAAGACUUUCUGAAGGAGAUCAAGAUCAUGUCCCAGCUACGGGACCCUAACAUUGUGCGUGUUCUGGGCGUGUGUACGGGGGAGGAGCCGCUGUGUAUGAUUGUGGAGUACAUGAAGUAUGGAGACCUCAACCAGUUCCUGCUGGACCACGUGCUGGAGACACCUUCUGCGCAGGCUAUCAACGCUAAAAUACUCAGCUACGGGUGCCUGAUCUACAUGGCGUCCCAAAUUGCCUCUGGUAUGAAGUACCUCGAGUCUCUGAACAUGGUGCAUCGUGACCUCGCUGUACGCAACUGUCUUGUUGGCAUGAACUUCACUAUCAAGAUUUCUGAUUUUGGGAUGAGUCGGAGUUUGUACAGUGCUGACUAUUACAAGAUAGAGGGGCGAGCUGUGCUUCCGAUACGAUGGAUGGCAUGGGAGUCAAUACUACUGGGCAAGUUUACGACUAAGUCUGAUGUCUGGUCAUUUGGAGUGACGCUAUGGGAAAUAUUGACUUUUGCCCGUGAUCAACCGUAUCAUAAUCUAAGUGAUGAUCAAGUGAUAGCCAAUGCGGGGCAUUUCUACAGAAGCGACGGACAGCAGAUGCUUCUACCACAGCCCAUUGUUUGCCCCCGUGAGAUUUAUGACAUGAUGGUCGAAUGUUGGAACCGCUCGGACUGUGAGCGACCCACAUUUAAAGACAUUCACAUGUUCUUGUUACGAAAGAACAUGGGAUACAAUCCAAAAGAUGAAAAGUUGAACCAAUUAAAAAUUCCAGUGUGUUAGUUACAGUGACUAAAUAUCGAAGUUAAACUGGACAACUAAGCUAUUAACUCAUUCUGUUCUCUGCCAAGAAUUGGCAGCAAGAUGAAGCUUGAAGCCUUCAUCACUUCUGUUUGUGUCCCAUUGUGCUAUUUACUAAGAAAUGUCUCAGUCCACGACUUGAGUAAAUAAUAACUUAUAUUAUAACUUUCUGAAUUUGUGCUAACUGUUAUGUUUAUAUUCUGUUAUAUUUAUAUAUGGCCGGUUUAUAAUUUUCAAAUUAAAAAAAAACUGCAUUGUUUGCAAUAAAGUGUAAAAAUUAUUAAGUUGAAAGAAUUAAGAGUAUGGUAUUUGAGCAUAUAUAUUAUUUGAAAGAAAGCUUGAAGCCUCCAUCACAGCCCAUGACUUGAGAAAUUAGUAACUUUUUUAAUUUGUGCUUACCUUUUUAUUAUUAUACGUCAGAUUCACAUGUCUAUGUUUUAAAAAACUCUGCAGUGUUUGCAAUAAAAAACACAAAUACUUAUGUUAUAAUAAAUUAUAAUAAAAGCGUAUACAUAUAACGGUAUUUGCAAAACAAUUUUAAAAUGACGAUGACUAAUAAAUUGUUACAUUUAUAUCUUAGCAAGCUGCAUUUGCUACAUUAGUACAUCCAGGUCUUACAAUAAAGUCAUUGUUGAUAAUUAAAAGAGAAGGAAAUUGUCAAGGAUUUCUUCUUUUAAAAGUUUGAAAUUAAUUUGUUCACAACGGAAGUAGUAUACCUUCUUGCUCCAAACGUAUUUAAGUGCAAUGUGUACCCUGUAGUAUACAGACAGACAUUGUUACAUCAAAUCAGUCUAAGAAACUUGUUGACAGUUUGACCAAAAAUCAAUUCUCGAACAACUGUCCUAGAUUCAAGAAAAGAAUGCUAUAUUGAAACCCUCGCAAUAACACUCACGAAUAUAAAGCAUGUUAACAAUGCUAAAUCCCUUGUGAAUAGUAAUCAAUAGCAUUCUGCACAAUAUUGUUUUGAGCUAAAUGUAUGUAAAUGUCAUUCAUAAAGAAAUGAAAAUUUAAUGGCAAGUUCAAAAUAUCUUGCCGUUUACAAUGACCCUGUGCUAGAUUUUUGUGCUUGAUUUUUUAGCUGAUGUUUAAACUUUAACAUUGAUGUUGAAAGUCUUAAUUUAUCAAAACACAAUUGUACACGACUAAAUAUAACAUUAUAUGUGUUUAUUGAAGUUCGUAAAAUUGUGAAGUUGGAAUGUAAAUUGACUUUAAAUAAUGAUUAACCGUCUUGGAGUAGCAAUGUUCAACUGUUUAAUGAAAAAUAGUAUUUGCGGGAUACAUAAUGCUUAGAAUACUUCAAAAUCUGACGAAGCUUGUUCAUGUUCAGCCAUGUAUUACACUUAUUUUAUUAUUCUUUGUAUUUUUUCGUUGUCAUUGAACAAUUGUGUACAAUUAUACCAGUUAAAAAUGCUAAUCAAAUUGGUAUCAAGUAAUUAUUUGUUACCGGAUUCUAAUGCCAUUUUUGUAUUGUUGUUGUUGUUGUUUAUUUUAUUUAAGUUCAUAAUUAUUCUUUUGAUGUUUCCAUAUUGACCUUCAAAAUGAUUUGAGCUCCAUCAUGCGAAAAUGGGUCUUAUUCAAUGUGCGCCAGAAAAGCCUGCUUAUUGGUCACUCUGGUCAGGAGCUAUAUGUAAGCCAGCUUAUUGGUCACUCUGGUCAGGAGCUAUAUGUAAGCCAGCUUAUUGGUCACUCUGGUCAGGAGCUAUAUGUAAGCCAGCUUAUUGGUCACUCUGGUCAGGAGCUAUAUGUAAGCCAGCUUAUUGGUCACUCUGGUAAGGAGCUAUAUGUAAGCCAGCUUAUUGGUCACUCUGGUCAGGAGCUAUAUGUAAGCCAGCUUAUUGGUCACUCUGGUCAGGAGCUAUAUGUAAGCCAGCUUAUUGGUCACUCUGGUCAGGAGCUAUAUGUAAGCCAGCUUAUUUUUAUCAAAGUGCUGUAACAUAAUGUGUGUUGUUCUUUACUUUCAUAGUCUUCAGUAAAAAUUUAGAGGAUAACAGUGAUAUCUAAGACGUAUAAUCCAUAAAUAUCUCUGAUUUCACAUUGAAGCUUCUUUCAUGUUAUUAUAUGUGCAUAAUAUUUCAUUCCAUUCAUAUUUCACAUGUCAGCUGUAAAUAUUAUUUACAUUUUGUACAUAGAUAUAAGCUGUGCUCGAGAAAAUCAGGGCUUAAUGCAUGUGCCUAAAAUGUUUCAGAUUAGCAAGCGCUAUAAUCAGGGAAGACACUUUCCGCUUUUAUGGUAAUUUUAGUUUAGAAGAAAUCUCUCUUUAGUGAAAUUCCAGUUUAUGUCUUAGCUGUUGGCUCUGAUAAGCCCGUGCAGAAUAAACAGAGACAAGAAUUUACGCAAAUACUUGAAGCCCUGUUGUCCCAGAGUGCAGCUGAUCUUAUAAGUUGGUAGAUUCAUAGUCAUCUAUUUGAAUAUGUCAUGUGCUUUUUAUGCCCCCCUUCGAAGAAGAGGGGGUAUAUUGUUUUGCUGGAUGUCGGUUGAUCUGUCUUUCUGUCGGUAGACCAGUUCGUUUCCGAUCAAUAACUCGUCAAUGGACUGAUCGAUUGGCUUGAACAUUCACGUGUGGAUUUGCCUUGAAGAGUAGAUGACCCCUAUUGAAAUUUGGGUCAAUAGGUCAAAAGUCAAGGUCACUUUUGCAAUAAGUGUGCAAAUCGUUUCCGAUCAAUAACUCGUCAACGCAUUGAUAGAUUGGCUUGAUUUUUCACAUGUGCAUUGGCCCUGGACAGUGGAUGACCCCUAUUGAAAUUGGGGUCACAAGGUCAAAGGUCAAGGACACUGUCACAAUAAGUGUAAAAAUCGUUUCCGAUCAAUAACUCGUCAACUGAUUGUUUAAUUGGCUUGGUACUUCACAUAUGAAUUGGCCUUGGGCAGUAGAUGACCCCUCUUGAAAUUAGGGUCACUAGGUUAAAUGUCAAGGUCACUGUCUCAAUAAGUGUGAAAAUCGUUUCUGAUGAAUAACUCGUCAACGGAUUGACCAAUCGGCUUGAUACUUCACAUUUGCAUUGGUCUUGGACAGUAAAUGACCCAUUUCGAAAUUGGGGUCACUAGUUCAAAUGUCAAGGUCACUGUUGCAAUAAGUGUGAACAUCGUUUCUGAUAGAUAACUCUUCAAUCAAUUGACCGAUUGUCUUGAUACUUCCCAUGCUCAUAGACCUUGGAAGUAGAUGGCCUCUUUUGACAUUGGGAUCACUAGAUCAAAGGUCGAGGUCAAUGUCACAAUAAGUGUGGAAAUCGUUUCCGAUAAAUAACUCCUCAACAAAUAGACCGAUUGGCUUGUUUCUUCACAUGAGCAUCGGCCUUUGACAGUAGAUAACCCCUAUUGAAAUUGGGGUCACUAGUUCAAAGCCCUGAUUUGGGGGGGAAGCAUAUGUCUCCGACCGCGGAACUCUUGAUUCUAUUUUUUUGGUGCUUAAUACUUGUCAUACGAAAAGAUGUAAAAUAAUUGACUGAAAUAAUCUGAAUCUGUUCUCGUAUUUUUCUUUACUUAAAUUAUAAUAAUAAGUAAACCUGCAAGUUGAACUGUCGUUGGUUUUGAAUGGUCAAUCAUGCUCAGAAACAAUGCCAUCAAAUAAUUGGUGUACCAAGUCAAGAGUUGAUCAUGAAACGGUGGUAUCCGCCCAGCAAUUCAAUAUCUGGAACAAUAGUUAUGCUGCACCCCCCCCCAAUAUUGUGUUGAUGGUUUUCAUAUGUAGCUUAUAAAAUACGCAGUUUAAGGCAUGUAUGCACAUAUGGACAGCGGUCUGAAUAAACAUUGUAUGUUCAUGAUUUACUGUUUGACCAAUCAGAAAUCAUAAAAUAUGCUGAUAAAAUCCCUGUUUAAUUAAUUAAGAAUGUUAGAAUAAGUGAUGAAAUACGCUUUAAAAAAUCCCUGUUUUAUUUAUCAGAAUUGUUCAAAGAAAUUAUAUAAUAUGUUUAUAACAUAUGUGAAAUAAAAAAGCAUUUCAGGUUUGCAAGUAGAGCCACGUGUUAUUAUCAAAGUUUGAAGCAAGAUUUGUAUUCAUUAAUUACAAUGGAACCACAACGAAAAUAAAUAUUCACUUACUAGGUUGUUAAUUUGAUUCAUAUUUAUGCAUUUUCAUUUUAGUUGAACUCACAAGAUUGUGUGAAUUCGUAUAGAUCUGAAUUGGUGUGUAAAACAGUUUCUUUUGGCACAAAGGCACAUGGAGCAAAGUGUUCAUAGAACAAUUAUAUCUAGUCAGAUGUAAGGUGUAUGCGUUAUUUUCGUGUUCCAAGUGUAAUAUAUGCCUAGCCUAACCCUGUUGUGUUUGAUUGUUUCCACGCCAGUGAUAGUUUAAUGUUAUCGCUUGGCACAUUUACAGCAAUUAAACACUUUUGUUAUCUACUCAUUCAUAUUGAAUGAAAAUUGUUUCUAAUUAUGAUCUGAAUUGCUGUUACAUUUGGAAAGAGUAAAUCUUGUUAUUGUCAAAUUAUUAUGUGUAUAUGAUGUUGUUAUUUUGUGAACAUGAAAAUGAUAUGUGAGUUAGAACAGAAAUACAAACACAAACUUAUUUACACGUGUCUUUACAAUCUCAGUUGCACAUUUUGCAAUGACAUUAAUAUUAUGUGCGUAAUCAAGUGAGUUUUAUGAACAUAAAAACGUGGUUGUUGUUCUUAUUUAACUUAAGAAGUUUGUAUUAUAUAUUAUGGUACCAGAUACCUAUUCAUUCUACUGUAGAUGCAAUACACCUUGAAAGCAAAAAGCAUCUGAAUAAAUAUUCUUACAUAGGACAAUUUAAGUAUAUAAAAAUCAUAAAUAUUUAUUUUGCUUAAUAGAGUUUUUCUUUAUAAGCUUGUUUUAUUUUUUGUAUAAUACCUGUUUAAUGUAUAUUGGUAUUACAGAUACAUGUAGAAAACGCGAUACAAAAAUGUUUAGAUGUUACUAAUAUAAAAAUUAUAAAAUAAGUACAAUAUUUUAUUACAAGUUCAGUUUUUCUAUGUUGUAUUUCUGUCUGAAUGAUUGCAAUGAUUGUGCUAUUUAUCAUUGUAUAUGAUACAAAAUCUAAUUUAUAUAUAUUUUAAUAAAAGCCAAAAACAUUUGAACCACA